UUUAAGCUCACAAGAAUGCGGCACAUCAUCACACACUGAUCCCUGACGCAAUGUUUCUGCUCAAGGCUCUGUUCGCGCUUACGGUUGCUUGUGUGCUUGCGGUGCAUGGUAUUCCCACCACCACCACUGGUGGUGACGUUGCUUAUGAAUGGGAGCACUUUAAGGCCGUGUACGGAAAGCACUAUGAACCAGAAGAGGAUGCACAGAGGAAGGCUUUGUGGGAAGCAAACGUAGAAGUUAUUCGGCAGCACAAUGAAGAGUAUGCUAUGGGGCUUCACACUUACACCCUGGGCAUCAACCGCUUCUCGGACCUUGCACCCGAAGAACGCGAAAGGUUCCUUGGUUGCCAUUAUCAGCCAGUCCAAACGGAGCCGAAUGUAAGGAUUCACGUACGUGAUCCCGAGGAUGUUCUACCGAAGGAGGUCGACUGGAGAAAGGAAGGAUACGUGACGGCUGUCAAAGAUCAGGGGCACUGCGGAUCUUGUUGGGCCUUUUCAGCCACGGGAGCGAUGGAAGGGCAGCACUUCAGGCAGACGGCAAAUCUGGUGUCUCUUAGCGAGCAGAACCUCGUUGACUGCGUGAACGAGGACGCAGGGUGCGGCGGCGGAAACUUCGUAGACGCUUUCGAUUACGUACGUGUCAAUGGAGGAAUUGAUACCGAGGCAUCGUAUCCGUACCAGGCAGUGAAUACCACCUGCCGUUAUGAUGCCGAAAACGUCGGAGCUACAGUGGAAGGCAGCGUUGAAGUCAAACCCGGCAGCGAGGAGGACCUGUUGCAUGCCGUUGCAACGGUGGGACCAGUCUCAGUUGCUAUGGAGGUGCUGGACACAUUUUUCAGCUACACGGGCGGAAUUUACCAGAAUAGGAACUGCUCAAGUGAAAAUGUCAACCACGCUGUUCUAGCCGUGGGCUACGGCACAGAAGAUGGCAACGACUACUGGCUGUUAAAGAACAGUUGGAGCGAAGAAUGGGGAGCAAAGGGUUACUUCAAACUUGCCAGGAACAAGGACAAUAUGUGCGGCGUCGCCACAUAUGCUGCUUAUCCCCUCGUCUGACCCCCCAUAAAUGUCUCGAGAAAUAAAUUUUGUUCUUUUGUCUUUUUU